UCACUUGCACUGGGCAAGAAUAAUUCAAUGAAGUUGCAAAGAGUCACUACUUUGCCAAAGACUUCGCAGAAGAUUAUAAAGGAAUUUAUAAGUAACUUGUUAUGGAAGGAAUAUGGUCAUUCGGCUUGAGGAAGGUGGCUGUUAAGGAAGCUAGAAGAGAUUUGGGGUGUGGAGGACGGAAGGGGUUGAAGGGGUAUGGGUCAGAUGAAGGCAGAUGGUAGGGAGUUUGAGAGAUUGGGAGUGGUGUUUGGGGGUUGUGGGGCUUUGGAGAUUUCAAGUCUGGAAGAGCUACAGUUGUCCUCGUAGAAUGGGACCAAGUGGUUGCUCUUUGAGCAAGAAAUAACUUAUAAAGAAAGUAACCGAUUUCUCAAAGAAAACUCCAGGACAGAAAAGGUAAUGUAUAGGCCUGACUUCAAUUUGAGUUUGGUACCAACUUCUCUAGCUCUUUAGGAACAAAUCCUCAAAUUAGCUCUCAAGGUGAUUCCUCCCCGUAUACAACUAAAUAUGUCCCAAAGUUAUCUGUUCAUCCUCCCAGAACUGUUUUGGGAGGUAAGAGAAGCAAAGUUUUUGGGAAAGAUAUGCCGCAUAAAACUGUUAAAUUUCCUGGAAGACAACCUUAUAAAGGUCAGAAUUUGUCCCAAACACCGAGUCUAGUUCUAAAAUACCAGCGGUCUCAAUCAAAGCAUCGAUCAUCAGAACAUCAUGGUAAAGCAAAGCAACCAAACCGACCCGAAGACAUUAGUCACCCUAAAAAAACUUUAGCAGCAUCAAUUCCUUUAAUGGAAAAAGAAGAAAAGCUCAAAUUUUGCUUUAAAAUCUUAGACCACGAUGCUGAUGGCAAGCUAUCUAUUCCUGACAUUCUCCAUGGAAUGAAAUCAUUGAAUGAUACAGACUCCAUUCUUUACGAAGACUAUAGCAAGAUUCUUAAAGCUAUUUGGAAUAAAAAGACAACUACACAAAGCUUCAUGGACACAAAACAAUCUCGUAAUUAUGGGGCUCUGAUAGGGCAAGCAAACACAAUGCCAAAGAAAUUCAGAAAGGCUAGUGAGCACAGUCUUGAUAAUACUCAAUCACAGUCUACUUCAGGAUUCACAGAACUUCCUUACACUGCUCUAAAAAGUGAUCAAGAAGAAGAGCCCAAGCUACGAAACAAAUUAGGCAAUUCCAGAAGAAGAUCGAGGAUGCACAAUCUUAAAUCCCGUUUCACAGAGAAUAAGAGUGCAUUCUUGAACAAAACCAUAAAUCGGUACAAUGAAGAGUCUCCUAUGAUGAAGAAAAAGCCAGCACAAAAGAGCGAAACUCGGACCUCAAAAGCCUCAAAUUUCUUCUCUUUUUGAAUAAAAAAGUAUGAGAAAGAGCAUGGGACACUUCAUCUCAAAAAGAGCAGUGGCUUUACUAAAAAUUUGGAGACAUACACCUAACACUGCCUAUUCUGCUCAAGGACAUAACACACUGUACACAAAGUCUAAGUCUUCUAAACAUACCAACUCUGAGACUCUAAAUCCAGCUCUGAGACAGAGUUUUGAAAGCUAUGUCCUCUCAAAGCAGCCUGCAGAUUUCCUUACUUUCUGGGAAUUCAAAAAUAUUAAAUUCAGGUUCGAAUAUCCCUCUAUUCUCUACAACCUCCUCGAAUCCACCACUCUCCAGCCAAACCCAUCCGCCCCAAAAUCCCCACCAGCCCAAAAACCCCAUCUCCCUCACAAAAUCCUUCACAAAAAACCCAGUAACCCCUUCCCCCAAACUCCUCUUCCACCUCCCUUCCCCUAAAAAUCCUUCUUUCCCCACUUUGCCCCAAAACCUCACAAUCCCAUAGACCAAAAAGAGUCCCUUGACCAUAAAACCAGCCUGGCCCUCCUCGAAAACCAGAUCAAGAAGAGACCCAUAGUCAAUGAUCAGCAGAUAUUACAGAAAAGAGAGAAGCUAGACUGGCUCUAUAUACCACAGAAAUAGAGAAAAGUUAAUAGAAGAAAUUGUUAAGACUAGAGGGAUUUAUAAGAAAAUAGAAGUAGACAGCUUUUUCAGGAAUAUUGAGAAGCAGAGAAAUGAAACAUUGUAGAGAGGGAAAAUUGUAGAAGAGAGGAAAGAUGUUUGGGGAUUUGGAAUUAGAUUAAUGGCUUCUUUUAUGAGGAGAGAAUUGAAUAGGUCAAUAAUGUGUU